AUGCUGCCACCCAGCAUUCAGAUCCACGAGGGACCUGGUCAAGUUGUUGUCAAGCUCGCUGACGGGAAACCAUGCCGCGUAUCGCGGCGCGAAGUGUCGUUGCCGUACACGUUUGACGGCUUUCGCAGUAACGACAAUUUCUUGGUGAUUGAAAUGAAUUAUUCAUUCGAUUGCAUCCUGGUCAUGCCAUGGUUGGCACGCUAUAAGCCCCAGAUCGACUGGUUAGCCAGAUCAGUGAGACGUCGAAGCAAGUUCGACGUCAGCGAAGUGUUCACCCAUCUCUUGGUGGCUCCAAGUGAUUGGCCGAACGUUACAGUCGUGGAUCGUACAUCCACGACACCGGCGGUACACAGAGUGAGCGAUGGCCCUCUCUGUACCGCUUGUUCCGUGCCCCUACGCACGAGUGAUGAUGUCUCCUCGCGUUGCAGCGAGGAGUCCGACGUGUACGAGCAGUGGCUCCCGCGUAAUGACGACGCGGACGAGCAGUGGCUCCCGCGCGACGACGACGCGGUCGAACAGCGGUUCCCGCACGAACGAGAAGUGGUCGAACACGAACAAGUGUUCCCACCUCCACCCAUUGUGGUCGAGCAGAGGCUACCACAAGGGCAAGAUGUGGCCGAGCAGGGGCUCGCCACCCAGUGUGACGUGGAUGGACAAGAGUCCCCACGUGCGAACAUGAUGGUCGAACAGGGGUUCCCAUCGUCGACUACUGUGGUCGAACAGAGUUUCCCACAUGAGCAAGACGUGGUCGAGCAGGGGCUCCCACACGAGUUUGUGGCGGUAGAGCAGGGGCUCCCGCAUCAUGCGUCGACGGACGAGUAUGGACUACUCCCGUCACGCGAUUUCGACGUCCUGGAUAAGGACAUCCAGCGUCUAGAGGGGGGUGCAGAUUUAACACCUGACUGCGGUUCGCCAGCUUCGAGCAUGGACUCGAAGCACGAUGGGGACGCAAGCUACGAGAACUCAGCGUUGGAAUGUUUCCACGCUAUUGUGUACGUGGACGGGGGUCCACAAAGGCGCCAAUACAUUGAGGUCGCGAGUCCACCUCGCGACGCGUCGUCGAUUACGAGCCUUCCAGGACCCUCCUGGAAGCAUUUUCUACGUGACCUCAAGGGAGGCACGGUGGAACAAGUAUGUCUGGUCACCAACGAGGUGACCUAUGAGCCGUACGAGGAGCGAAUGACGCGCCCUCGAAGCGCUGAGCAAAAGUCAGCGCGCGAAGAAAGAUUUGCGUCGCAAUCUUGGGAGGCUCUGCGCGAGUCUGGUAACCCUGUUUACGACAUUGCACGAGAGUACGCCGAUGUGUUCCCGGACAAGAUUCCGGCCGAACUCCCUGCCGAUCGUGGCGUGCGGCACGAGAUUGAUCUGGUGCCAGGAUCGAAAUAUUGUGUGACACGCCAGUGGCCGUUGCCUCGAGACCAAGUCGAGGCUAUUGAUGCAUUCUUCGAAGGUCGUCGCAAGGCCGGUCAUGUGCGUGAGAGUGUCUUACCCCAUUCGAGCCCAACCUUCUGCGUGAAGAAGGCUACAGGAGGCUGGCGUAUAUUGCAUGCGUUUAACAAGCUCAACGAUGCCACUAUUCCUGCCCAAACGCCUAUCCCCAGGAAAGACAUGGUUCUAAACUCCAUGUCAGGUAGCGUCAUCUUCAGCCUCAUCGAUCUGACCGAUGGCUUCUACCAGAUCUUGAUGCGACAGAGUGACAUACCACUCACUGCGGUGUCCACCACGAGUGGUAUGCUAUGGGAGUGGCUGGUGAUGCCACAAGGAUUGAAGAACGCACCAGCCACUUUCAAUCGCAUGGUAUCUCAAGUGUUGAGACCGCUUCGAGACUUUGCUCUUAGCUACUUCGAUGACAUUUUUGUCCACAGUCGCGCUGAGGGCAACCUCAGUGCUGUCCGAGUUCACAUUCAACACCUGAAGCAGGUGUUUCAAGUCAUGCAAGAUAACAAGUUAUAUGCAAACUUGAAGAAGUGUGUAUUCUGUGCACCGGAGAUUCCGGUGAUGGGCUGCUACGUGAGUAAAUCGGGUGUUCGAGCCGAUCCAGAGAAGUGUCGUCAAUCUGUUCUUGGCCCACACCCAAGAACCCUACGGAGUUACGUCAAUGGCUCGGUCUAG